UUUAUAAAUAGACUAAUGUCGAUAAAAAAACAACAAUACACACGUGCAAUCAUUUCUUUUCGUAGUCAACUCAGGAUCUAGAAAUCUAGGCCAAAUUCAGUAAUUGGAAAUGUGACACCGACUACAAGAAAAAAAAAAAAAACCCACUGAUAGGCCUAAAGACUAAAAGAGGCUAAAAAAAAAAAAGCUAUCAAUCUCUGAUCUAAAUCUGACUACAGUACUACAGCCACGACACAUGUAACGUGGCCAACCAUUGACUUGAUUGACCAACAGCAAUGAUACUUGAGAUACUCGGCUGACUCGCAUCUUCAAUUUCUUGAUCUUGAUUGACUUGAUCAUUGAUGCUCUCUGGUCAUAAUUUCAAUGUUUUACAAAAUUGAAAUGUUUGAUUUAAAAUUUAAAGCCAUUGAUAGAGAUUAAGAUUCUAGCAGUCUCUAACAAAAGUGUUUAUAUUCAGAAUUAAGCAAAGGACAGAGCAGCUCUAGACUCUAGGUCUAGGUCUGUUGUAUGUGUACACUGUACAGAUUAUCAUUUUUACAGAUCUAGCCUAGACUACACUACAUUUAAGAUCUAGAUCUAGAUCUAGAAGAAAAAUUUGAUAAAAAUGCGUACAAUUAUAAUGCGAUUUAUGAAAGUGUGUUUUUAUUUAUCACUUAUUUCUUUGAGUUGUACACUUACUCAAGUAAAUGGAUGCCUUGAUUGUGGUGGAGAAGAUCCAGUUGUGACAGAUAAAAAAGAUGGUGAACUGCCACUCGAUCCAGAAUCAUAUGCCAAGCCAACUGAGGUGGAUGACAAUGUAGCAGAUGUUGAGCCAGAAACUGAUGAAAACUCAUCAGAGAAUAUACCAGAAUCUCCACGUCUUAAAGAGUACAAAAAAUACUUUAUUUUACACCGAGCUAAGCAACUGGAGGCUGUUAAAGGAAUUUCUUUAUUAAAAAAUGAUGAACAGAGACAUAAUCUAAUGAGCUUAAUGUUAAAACAGUUAUUUGUUACUCUAGGAGAUGCAAAAGAAAAUUUGACAGUUGCUGGAUAUUUACCUGGGGAUCCAUUUCCUGAAGAUGAAGAUGUUAAAGAAAGCAUGUCCAAAAUCUUGGAGAACACUGCCCUGUUUGGAGAUCUCAUCCUCUUCAUGCCUGACAUUGUUCACAGCAUGUAUGACAAAGAAAAGGAAUGGCAGAUCUUGCUGGCUUGGUCUUAUGGAUUCAGCACACAGUCUGGAGUCUACGAGGGAAAUUAUAAGACAAUGCUGACUCUGGGAGCCAUGGAGGCAAACAUUAUUCCAAAAGGAAAAGAUUUUAUCAAUCCAUUUAAAUCUUUGGCUAAGAUCCAGUCUCUGAUGGAUGAUGCCCAGAAAGACCCUAAGAAAAAUAAAACGAAAAAGCCGAAGAAGAAAAUAGAACGAGGACCGAAGCUGAGAAAGACAGAGCUUUAGGGAGGCUUGAAUUGUUUUGUUACAUUCUGAUCUCAGUGUUUUUUUUUCUCAUACCAAUGGCUUCUAGUGGAAUAGCUGUGAAAUGAAUUAGAUGAUAGCCCAUGAAACAGUGCAGACAUGGGGACAAUGUGAUAGAAGUAUUUUCAUAAAUUGGUUUUAAUUACCUUGAUAAAGUAAAACAAGUUUGAACAUUGCUUAGAUAGAAAGGUCUUCUGUUUUACACCAAGUUACUUCUUGGCCUAAGAGUCACAGAAAAAUUGAAGUAAAAAAAUACAAAGAGUUAUAGAUCCUUAACAGAAUUGUAUAAUAAUACUUUUACAAACAUAUUUCUUACAAAUCUUAAUUUGUUUCAUAAAAUUAUUUGUUCCUACAAAUCCUAAUUUGUUUAAUUUUGAAAAUUUCAUUCACAAAGCUUUUUUUUUUUUUUUAAAUUCAUUUUCGCUUAGAGUUAAAAAAAACUUGUCAUCUUUUGCACUAUUUCCUGGCCUAUCCUUAUAACCUUUCAUCUUUAUAACAUUCUAGAUCUCUACUUUCAUUUUGAUUGAAAGGUAUCUUAGUAAUAUGAUAAUUAGUUUAAUUGAGAAAUUAUAACCAAACUUUUGUUUAACAUCUUCUCAUAUAAUAUCAGCUUUUGGUUGACAACGUAUAGAAAGAAGCUCUAAAAAUAUUCUAACAAGCCCCUUUUUCUUUUUGAAUCUUAACAUUUUUGUGCGUCAUGUGACUAAAUUUUUGCUGGAAUCUUUCCAACCUUUUCUUUCAAGAGGUUUAUUAUAAUCUCAGUCUUUUUUUUUUUUUGUUGAGUUAAGAGUUCCACUUAGUUAAUGUUCAGCGCUGCAUUUCAUUUGACCUUUUUUUAAGACUGACUUAUCAUUCUUAAGACAUUUUAAUUAUGCUCACACAGUAUUCCUUUACAGUUGUGGACACCUGAACAAUUUCUUGGGUGUGGGAACUAAUUCUGAUAGCUUUUUCUUUGAAUAAGAAGUUGUGAAAUGCUCAAAUGUUAGUUUAACCAAUUUACAGCCAUCCAUUUUUAAACACAUGUAAAAUGACAAAUCUAUUCCUGAAAAUGUGUAUGUAAAGGGGAAUAAUUGUAGGUGGUAAUUAGAUUUUUUUGCAUCGAUAUAUGACAGAUCUAAGUUCUUACAUUUUAGGCAAUCUGGAUUAUUUGUUUUGUGGAUUUGUCACGCAGUCAUGAUUUUUAAUGAACUGUGUAUGUUAUUUAAUAUUCCAUUUAAAAUUAAAUUUGACACACUGACUCAAAAUGUUGGUUCAGAUGACUUUGUGUGUCAGUCCUAUUGAAUAACUCGGUGGCAGCUUCUAUUUUACAUUCAUUUAUUUAAUGUUAUUUCCUGGCUAUUUAAUACCAUGUGUGAGCUCAAGUUGCUUGUAUCCUGGCUGUUUAGUAUCAUGUUUCAGUUCUACAAGUCACAACGGUAUCUAUUAUUCUUUCUACUUCUCCUAAAUGUAUUUAGUCCUGGCAUAUGUUUUACCAACUUUUUUUUGCAUGAUAACUUACAACCUUUUUUUGCAUUCAGAUAUUAGUUUUCCUAUGUCCCUGUACUAAAUCCAGUUACAGUAAAACUUACUGUAAUAUUUUCUUCAGUGUUUCUGUGUUUUUGUUUUCAAUUUAAUUCCCAAGUUUGCAAUGCAAUGAUUUUAUUGUUUCUGGGUUUUUGUUUUCCAUUUAAUUCCUAAGUUUGCAAUGCAAUGAUUUUAUUGUUUCUGGGUUUUUUUUCUUUCUCAUUUUUGAAACCUUGCUAACACAGCUUCACUUUGUCAGAUGAAUGAAAGUUGUAUCACAUGAUCUGGUGAAAUACACUUUAUUGGUAUAAAAAUCAAUUGCCAACUACAAUGAUCAAACAUGAAAAAAAAACAAAUCAAUCAAAUCAAGCAAGAAACUUUACACAAACUUAAUCAAAUGGUCAAACUUGUUGCAUAUUAUAAUAUCAUAGGUGGUGAUAUAAUGCUUGACUUCAUGACAUUGAAAACUAUAAAAAAAAGGAUACACUAUGUUAUUUAUUUUCUACAUACUUGUUUUAUUACUCAGGCUAACUGAUUGAAUAUUGGCAUGGAAAAGCAAAACGUUGUACAAGUUUUAGCAGGAUAUUCACUGACCUUUUUUUUUUUUUUUUUUUUUUUUACAUUUAUUGAACUUGUAUCUUAAGGUCUUUAAAUUUUGCAUUUAUAAGAUUAUCUGAUUGGAUUUUAACAGAUUUAUUCAUGUGAUUUUGUGUUACCUACAUAUUUGUGAUAAUUAGUUUCUUAAUAAUUCUUUUCUUUUGACCUUGUCUUUCUAUAAACAAAAUUCCCUUGAGAUAAAAAAAUAACCAGUUUUUGUGGCUUGCCACUUGCUACACUUUUGUGACCAGUACAGUGACGGUUUCGGGUAUCUUUUAAGCUUGGUGGUCUCAGCCACCUGAUGAAAUGUCAACAAAUAAUUCCAUUCCUAGACUCAAACAGAACUAGACGUAAAGAUCACUUAAAAUGCAUGUGAUAUAUCUGUAUGCUUAUUGCCUCCUAAGUUAAUAUUAUCUUGACUCUCUCAAUUUACUGCAUCAGCCCCCCAAAAAAUGAAAAGCAUUUUCUGACAUUGCUAAACAUUUCCACACUUGACAAACGGAUGAAACUUCAAAAUAUUGCAUAAUAUUGUUUAUAUUGUCUGAACAUAGUUUUGAACAUUAUAAACAGAAUUUCAAUGAGACCAUUAACUGUACUCUCAAUUCUUUAUUUUUGCUUCAUUACCGCAGGGAUUCUCCAUUUGUAUUUUGUGCCUUAUUGUUAUAGUUAGCUAUGGUCAAAAUAUGUUAUUUAUGUACAAUAAAAUUUGUUUCAUUCAA